GGUCGCACAUUAGGCCGGGCACCAUCUUUUGGAAUGGACCGAGCCGAAAGGGCGGAACAAAACUGGAGCAGGAGAGGUCCUUCACCCAUCCAGAGGAACAUGCUGGCCAGGAAGCUUCGUGAAGCCAACUCAGCAGCCAGCAGCCAGCGGCAAAGAAGUUCCACCUUCUCCAGCUACGAGCAGCGCAGGGGGCGGUGUCGAAGCCUUCCACUCUCCGGAGACUACAGUAACUCUUCCUAUGGCCUGACUGAGGCUGAGAAACGCAUGAUGGACAUCUCUGGAUACCUGGGAGAAGAGGAUGGGAUUGAGGUGAUAAGAGACCAUAGACUCACCUGAUUAUAUCUGUGACCGGGUAUAUCCAGUGUAUUCAGAUCAGGAACUCUGAACUGCUGAAGUGAACUCCCCCAGACUUGAAUGUAGAGCUGGACAUGAUAAACUCAUCAAAAUGGACAAAGUCGUCGACUGAUAUGGAGCUUAUAUUUGCCAUAGAUCACUUAUUUAUUUUUUUUUAUAGCUGUUUGAUGAAUUAUAAGUGGAGCAGAAGGUCACAGGGCCACACAGCCUCAGCAGACAUUUUGUGAUAUUCAGCUCAAUUAGUGGGAAAGUAAGUUGAGAUGUCUUUUAAAAAAGAUGAUUAAGAUGCACGUUAGGGGUGGACGAUAUGGCAAAAAAAAAACACAAGAAAAACAUGAUACAUUUCAUUACAUGUCUGAAACAAGACAAUUUCUUAGUGCACAAUAUAAAUCACAAUAUUUAGUUUUUCUGAGGUUUGAUGAGGUGGAACAGACAAAAAGAACAAAUAACACUGAAAUUACUAUGAAAACAAUUAAACAGGACUAAGUUUGCUUUAUUUGUAAUGGAACAUAAAGCAGGUCAGUGUUAUUAAGUACUGAUUAUAUGCUCAGAAAAGAAGCAUAACAUGAUGUAAUCAUGAUAAAGAUAAAUACUGUAAUAUUGCCCACCCCUAUUGCACAUGAUGUUUCUGAGUUUACCAGCUGGAUAAUACUAUUGGACUACUAGUCAAAUCUAGUACUUGUUAUUAGUCAAGUUCUGGGAGAAAAUGAGUAGCAUAUACAUUCCAACUCAUGUGAAAAUGAUUGAUAAAUUAUGCCGAUCAUGAGACAUGGGAAAUUUUGAAUACGUUUUAGAUCAAAAUUUUGCUAAACCGUAUUAUUGCAGUCAAUGAAGAAUAUUGAUAGGUGAGGUUUCCCUCAUUCUUACAAAUGUAGAUAGACACGUUCCAUUUAUGUCAGUCAUAUAAUGUGUGAGAUUGGGUUCUCUGCUAUUUAGAUCAUUUAGGAAAAACAAAUAAUACCCCCCAAAAAAGAAGCCAUCAUGGUUUGACUUAUGAGUUACAUAAAUACUAACUAACUAUUUAACCUGAGGAUGAACAUGUUUACUUAUAUUUGUAAAUAUAAAAUGACCUAUUUUCAUAACUACUUUUUGGAGGAUCUGUUUCUUCAGAAGCAACAAAUGUCAUUUGGAUGUAAAAUAAACAUCAAGCAGAUGUUUGAAAUGUGGGAAUGUCUUUACACUGGAAAAUGUCUCAGCUAUGAACAAGUAAUGUAUUGUGUGUAAUGUAAAUAAAUACUUGUUUCAGUUGUA